AUGGCCUCCAUGCGACUCCAGUUAGGUGACAAUACCAAGCCGAAUCAACACUUACAUUAUAUUCCACUUGCAGAGGAGGGCGUCGUCGUAGUCAUCGUUGCGCUUGCAGCGGUAGCUGAGCUGCUGAUCUAUUGUCAUCAGGGCGGCGGUGGCGGUGACAACAUAGCCUGUCUAUCAGGGGGAGCAUCGCACAUGCGUGCAUCGCAUACGGAGAACUCUGGGGAAGGCGUCGAAUGUAUUAUCUUUGUCCACGGUUGGCUCUCAGAGCUUGCCAGUAUGGUUGCUGCCACGGAUGUUGCUGAUCGCGCUACUGGGCAGACUCAAGAUGGACCGACACUUGCAGGGAUCGGAGAUGAUAUGGAUAUUGAUUGGGCUGCUGAUUGGGACAAGUACCCCGAGGUGUCCUCAUGUCCAGACACCGCCCGAACAAACCCAUUACUUCUAGCCGAGGACUUGUUUCCAGGUGCCGGAAAAACAUACGGUCAAGCACCCACAUUUAUGGACACUUUUGAUGCCGACAUCCAUGCCGAAAAGCGAGUUGACAACAUAUUCUACCCUUUUGCGAACAAGGACGACUGGGAGAUGGCCUCUUUUCUCCUCCAAUCUGGUCUGUCUGUUGCAAAAACGGACGAGUUUCUCUCAUUAAAUUAUGUGGCUCUAAGUGCCGAGCACAACACCAAAACAACCUCUAAUGCAGGGGGUGCUGGAGCUAAAAUCGAUGGCGUACUGAGAAGCAAUGGGGAGUAUGAGAUUAUAGCGCCCGCACGGUUUCGGGACUGCGCCGAACACCGACCGAACGUUCGGUCGGUCGAGUCAGGGAUUCGGUCGGUAACGAGAAGGUAG